AUGUCCAGGAUCGAAGAGCUGGAAUCUGAUUCUGAGGAAAACUUCGGCUCCAAAUCAAGCCAGGUUUUCCUCGGUUUUGUUGACGCUGCGAUCAAGGAAAGUGAUCAAGUUACUAUCGAAGACAGCUUCAUUGGGGGAGAGCCUGUAUGGUUACAUCCUGACUCUAUCCCUGGAAAGGAGUUGCUCGAGUGUGGGGCCUGUAAGUCGCGGAACAAUAUGAAGCUCAUUCUACAGGCAUUUGCCCCCUUGGAUCCUGAGCAGGUUGAAGAUGCUACUCGCAAAGCUGGUCUUCAAUCCAAUGCUUCUCAAAACAUCAAUCCUUCAGAUGAAAGGGUUCUUUACGUGUUCAUUUGUACAAAGUGCUCUAGGAAACCUCAUUCUGUGCGUUGUAUUCGCGGUGUAAGGAAAUCUGCUGUGGACGACGUUCUCGGAGCCAAAAUGGAGGAUCAUGGAACUGAAAAGGACUUUAAUAUAAAUCCUUUUGAUCUAAACCAAAACACUUCUAAUCCUUUUAGUUCCUCAUCUAAUGAAACAGCGGAUACUAACCCUUUCACCAAAUCAGCCUCAACCCCUUUUGAGAGCACACAGAAAAAGGCAAAUGUCCCAGCUGAGGAAUCUAAUAAUCCUAAAAACGCCCGGAAGCAGCAUGAUGCCUUGCCCGAUAAAAAGUUUGAAGGCAAGUUCCCGGGAUUUUUUCUAUAUGUGGAUGAAGAAUCCUUUAAGAACAAGACUCCCGAUCACUUAAAGCUGCCCAAGAACUUAAAAAUUGACAAGACUGCCUUCGAAUUAUCAGAGGAAGAUGAUGAGUCAAUAGGAAAAUCACCCAUUAAGCUCGAUCCAAGAACUGAAAAACUCUCUAAAUUUCUGGACGAUGAUGUGUUCCAGAAAUUUCAGGAAAUUGUUGGUUAUAACCCUCUGCAAGUUCUGCGCUAUGACUUUGGAGGAAGACCGUUAUAUUAUUCUGCAACAAAUGUUGAAUUAGAAAAAAUCGUACCAUCUCCCGGUUGGAAUCCAUCAUCUAAGAGAGUGUUUGAAUUGCAACUAAUGCCAAAGAUGAUAAUGGACUUAGAAGUUACUGUCUCUGUCACAGAGGGUAUGGACUGGGGAACGAUUCUCAUUUUCACGGACGUUGAAAACUACAUACCCAAGUUCGACGAGCAUGGUGUUGGUUACGUUGAGGAGUGUGUUCGGGUCCAAUGGGAAUCGGAUAAAUAA